CAGCAAUUCGGAGCACCACGCCGAGCGCAUACACAGAGGCAGUCAUACGAUCUUCGAGCAGACACAGCCAUGCAAUACUCUCCUCAGCCCGCUGCUGUCUACCAGGAGCUGGCAUAUACUGCCAAUGCUCCACCUGCGUUCAGUCUCCAGCAGGCCACACCACAUGCUUCGCAACCCUCGAGCGUAGUGCCUUCUAAUGUACCCAAUACACUUCAACCUGGUGGAACCUCAAGACCCGGCCCAUCAUCGGCCUACACUGCACCGACCACGGUGCCGACCAUGCAGUCGCAACCGCAGCGGUCCGGUACUUUGCACAGUCACUCGAGGAGCAGUCCGUCUGGUAUGGACAAUGGUGCCUCGCAAAGAUACGUCCCGUUCAACCAGACUCCGACGCAGACACCGAAUAUAUCCAACCCAAAGGCAUAUAACAUUUCACACACGCACACUCCGGCUGGACCGUCGCACAGUCCGCUCAAUCUCACGGACAUACGUUCCCGUGCCGUUAGUGACGCCAAUGAGAGUGUAGGUGGACCAGGGUCAAUGCUCGCGUACUCAGAUGCUCCCACCAAUUCAAACUACUUGGCACCAUUCCCAACAUAUGCAUACGAUUGGUGUAAAUGGCCGGUAAUGGGUGCUGGCAGCGCUGGCAAGAUGGCCAUUGGGAGCUACCUAGAAGAUCCGCACAACUUCAUACAGAUACUGGACACGCAUAUAAUACCUCAAGAGGUAACCGUACCAGGUACACCACCAUACGGGCUGGAGUACUCAAAGGUAGCAGAAGCCACCUGCGCAUACCCUGUUACACGGAUAUUGUGGGAGCCGCCUAGCUCGCAGAAGACGAGUACGGACUUACUAGCGACAAGUGGUGACCAUCUGCGGCUAUGGAGCCUACCGCAACCAUCCACACCGCACUCGAGUAACAUCAACCGCAGCGCAACGGCAAAUUUGCGAGACCCUGCGCCGCAGAAACUGCAGCCCUUGGCACUGUUGUCCAAUAGCAAGACGCCUGAGCAUACCGCGCCCUUGACAUCUUUGGAUUGGAACACGCUCUCACCGAAGCUAAUCAUUACUUCGUCCAUCGACACGACCUGCACCAUCUGGGAUAUACCGACCUUGACCGCCAAAACACAGCUGAUUGCGCACGAUAAGGAGGUAUUCGACGUACGAUUUUGUGCUGGUUCCGUGGAUGUCUUCGUCUCGUGUGGCGCAGAUGGUAGUGUUCGCAUGUUCGACUUGCGAAGUCUAGAGCACUCGACCAUCAUCUAUGAGCCGGCGGAGAAGACGGACAAGCCCACAUCACCAUCGGCAUCGUCACCAACAAAGGGCCAAGGUCAAACCAUGCAAACGGCGCCGCCCUUGCUCCGCCUUGCAGCAUCUCCGCAUGAUGCACAUUUGCUCGCCACUUUCGCCUCCGAAAGCAACCUCGUUCGUAUCCUGGACGUUCGACAACCGGGCACAGCUCUCUUGGAGCUGCGCGGCCAUCAAGGGAACCUUAACAGCGUUGAAUGGAACCCCAGCCGAAGAGGCAUGCUUGCAUCAGGCGCAGACGACUCGCUAGUCUUGACUUGGGACCUCCUCAAUUCCUCUAACCAGGCUGCCAUCCCCGCGCUUAACGGAAGCGGCAUGGUGAGCGCCGCCGGAGAAGUGCAAGGUAAGGGACCGUCGGCCAGCUGGCGGUGCGAUUACGAAGUUGGGAAUGUCAGCUGGGCGCCGCAAAGUGCGCUUACGGCGCAAGGCGGUGACUGGCUCGGUGUCUGCGCUGGUCGUGGCAUAUGGGGCGUCAAGUUGUAGGGAUGCAAGUCAGGUGGGGACGGGUUUGGCGCGGU